AUGAAAAAUAAAACUCAAACUCAAAUUGAAACUAGAUUUAUCGAUUUAAAUAUAAUAUUUAAUAGUCAACCUUGGAAUGAAGAAGAAGAUAAUAAAUUACUUUAUUUAUUUGAUUAAUAUGGAACAAAGUGGAACUAAAUAGCAAAAUUAAUGAAAGAUCGAUCUGUAAAGAAAUAUGAUUUAAUUUUUAGGAAAUAGAGGUAAAGUAUAGAUAUUAUACAAAGCAUAAAAUUUCAGAUUACCCAACCCCAAACCCAACCCCAACCCCAACCCCAAACCCAAACCCAAACCCCAACCCAAACCCAAACCCAAACCCAAACCCUGUUUUAAGUUAAUUCUUGACUUAAAAUUACAUUUUAAUUUUAUUCAUUUUAAAAAUAAUAAUAUUUAUAUUUGAUUAACUUUAAUUAAUAUAUUUUAAUUCUGAUAAAUACUUUUUAACAUAUAAUAAAAAUUUAUAUGUUAUCUAUCAAACAAAUUUAAAAUUAUCAUUUUCACAUAAAUAUUAUUGA